GAUUGAUAAUAACUAUGUUGAACUGAUCUAUUCAGAAUUAGUAAGACAUAAGACAAUGAUUUAAAAGAGAAAAAAGGAUUGAUUGCUUUAAAAGUAUUAAAAAAAAAAAAUUAAUAGCCGACGUCUUUGCCAUCUAGCGUAUACAAAAUACAGUUUCAAUACAGUGAUUAAAAUAACGUCGUUGAAUGCGCAUCGUCAAACGUCUGUUGUUUUGAAAAUCGUAAAAAUUAUAUUUGUUUCAUUGAACAUUAAUUUGUUAAUUCACUUUAUUUGACGCGUUUAUAAUUUCUGUUUGUUGUUUUAUGUGGUCGCACAAUCAAAAAUGAGUGCAUUUGAGGUUGUCGUCACACCCACUCGCGUUAAAAAUGCACGGCGUAAGAAUGCAGCUAGAGAACCAACCGCUGUUGUUCUAGCACCAUUUUCCGCCAAAUCUGUUGUUACAUUUGAAGAUAUUCCCGUGACAAAGACUGCAAGGCGGUUUUUAAAUAUAACAAACCCGUGCGACGAUGACUUGGAGAUAACUUUGAAGUCGUCAAUCGAUACGUCGUUUGGUGUAACCUUUGAAUGGACCACGAGCAGAGUUCCAGCAAAUGGCUGCACCACCAUGGAAAUCGUUUGGACACCAAAGGUUGAAGUCAAAACGAAGGAUACGAUUACCAUAGUCGAUGACAGACACUUUAAGAAGGAUGUGGCACUGAUCUUUAAGUCAAUUGAUUCGAGCACAACGAACGCUAAGCCAACGAAACCGUCUGCCUCAACGAAAACGGCCAAGAUUGUUACCGGAAAACUGAAAAUCAAAUCACCGUCACCUCCGCACGGUCUUUUGAGACAAGCAAUACAGUCGAAUAAACACAAGGCCAAGGUGUCGGUGAAGGAUUCUACGGCAGUGACAGGGUCAAAAGCAACACCACUGCAUGCAGCUGGUCAAUUGCCAUUAAGCGAACUGAAUGUUUUUGGUCAUCACAAUAAAUUGCAGCCGAAUCAUGGAAAGGAGAACAGAAGUCCGCCACGUUCACCAACGUUUUCUGCGACAACCUUAUUUGAUGAUAUUCAAUUCACUCCGGUCAAUCGAAAGAGCGACAAACCUGCCGAUGUUGAUGACAUCGAAUAUAUGGCCUCGUUGCCAACGCCUGUUACAAAACCAACAUACAACUCGACUUAUGCAGUACGAAAUCCGUCAGACACCAUGGAAAUUACGUCAUUUGAACCGAACAUUGCCUCCACAGUCGAUAGGAUAACAAAUUCGUUGGAGCCGAAACAAUUACUCGCUGAGGCAGAUCCUCGACGGAAGUUAUUUGAUAUGACACAGUCGAUAUGCGUCGAAAAUGGAACACUACCCACAUCGACCGCGCCAAUAUUCAACGUAACUCACACAAUUGUGCCAGCAUCGAGUCUGUCCAACAUAAAAGAAGAAGCGGACGAGUCGAUUUCAAUGCAAAAUACAUUUCAAUUACCAACGAAAUUGCCAGCCGUGCCGACCAAUGAUAAUUCGGUAAUGGAUCGGAGCAGUCAACACGGCAUGGAUACGUUGCACAAAAAGUUUCAGUCCAUGCGAAAUCUUGACGACAUUUCUAACAAACAAAAAUUGCUUAGAGACAAUCUGGGCUCCAUGCCAAAUUUAACGGACGACUUGGAGGUGCAUGCAAUUGAAAACAACCGAUACUUUUACCAGAACGUUGAGAAUGGUUUCCAGGCGAACGCAAAGCGAAACCAAUCGAGUGCGAGCAGUGUCUUCGGCUGUAGUGUGAUGAGCUUUAAGGAACAAGAUUUUCUGGCCCAAUCGAGUCGCUUCGACCUAGACAAGUCACAUGGCAUGAUGGGCGAUGUGAGCCGACGCGAAUUUGCAGUGCCACAACCAGUCGAUAAUUAUGCUAUGAAACGAACCGUCGAUAAUGAGCAUCACAAGCGCAAACCAGCGCCAAAGUGGUCUCCACCGAAAAGAUCCAAAUUGGAUUCCACUUCGAACAGUAGCAUUUGUUCAAGCAGUCAGUCGAUCAGUCGGCGUACAUCGAAUUGGGGUGGUGUUAAGCCGAAAAAGUUUCCCUAUGCCAUUCCGAAGUUGAAUUUAAUUAGACAGAAACCGGAGGAGGAAAGAGUGGUCUUUUUCGACGCGGAAACCCAUUUUAAGUCGGUCAUAAAUCCCGACGUGUUUGCUGCAACCACAACCAACGAUCCAUUUCUUUGUGUGUCGAUGUACCUGGACGAGGAGUGCAUCGAAAAGCAUGAAAUCAAUUUUAAGAAGUGGUUGAACGCUCUGGUCGCUAUACCAUGGGAAAUUGACAGUGAUAAACAGCAACAAGUCGAUUUUGGAAAAUUGUUCAAUGACGUCCGUGGCAAGGAUGUGAAUACGGCAGAGACGAAAGAGCAGGUGUCGUCGCACUACCUAACAAAACACCGUAUGGAAAGUUUGCGAAAAACGGCAACCACUCUGUACAUGAGCGAUAAAAUGACUGCAAUGCUACAGAAGCUGUGUGUCUUGAUCGAACGUGGGCAGUUGAAGAUGCGUGAUGGACUUGAAUUGCAUUUGGACAUUGUUUUGCAGCGCGAAAUUCUUCAGUUGCUGUUGAACUUCAAUCCAUUGUGGCUUAGAAUUAGUCUUGAGGUCAUCUACGGGGAAAUCAUCAACAUGAGCCACAAUUUCGACAUCAUGUCGCUCAGCCGUUUCAUCGUGAAUCGAUUGUUCCGGAAUAAACAUUUGGAGCAAAAAGUUAGCAAAUAUUCGUCGCAGAAAACGGACCCAUUGAAGAAAUUUACGCUGAAGAAGCUGUUCAUGCUGCUCAUAUACUUGGACAAUGCCAAACAGAACAAAAUCAUUACGUACAAUCCCUGCUUGUUCGUGAAGAGUUCGCCGUUCAAGGAAACGAAGGAAAUCCUUUGCAGAUUCUCGUCGUUGAUACUGGGCAACAUGGGUGAUAUUCAGCGAGAUCUGAAGCGGAUCGGUAUUGUGCUGAGCCAUAAACAGACGUACAUCGAGGAAUUUGAUUACGCAUUCCGAAAUCUGGCUGUGGACCUGCGUGAUGGCAUCCGUUUGACCAAAGUGAUGGAAAUCAUUCUGCUCAGAGAUGAUAUGGUCAAUCAAUUGCGCGUGCCGGCUAUUUCGAGAUUGCAGAAAGUGUACAACGUUGAUUUGGCAUUGAAUGCACUGAGGAGUGCUGAUUUCACCAUUUCCGGUGGCAUCGUAGCCGCAGACAUUGCUGACGGUCAUCGCGAGAAGACGUUGUCACUUUUAUGGCAAAUUAUUUACAAAUUCCGUGCACCUAAAUUCAUUGAAGCAGCAAUUUCGAUCCAGUUAUGGUGGCGUCGAUCAUGGCUGAGGGUGGUCAUUAAGCAACGUAUCCGAGCAAAAUUGCUGAAAGCGAAAAUAUCUGCAGCCACUCGUAUACAGGCCGCGUAUCGAGGCCAUUUGUCCAGGAAAUGGACGAAAAUGUGGCACGCAAAGAGAACCAGUGCAGCGAUCAUUUUGCAGUCACACAUACGUCGUUACCUAGCCCAAAAACACUUCAAACGCCAAUCGACUGCAGCCAAAUACAUCGAGCACUGGUACCAGCGCACCUGUCUGUAUAAUCGACAACGGAACCACUAUUUGCAUCAACGAAAUUCUAUUAUCAUAAUCCAGCAAUGGUAUCGAAGAGUGCGACUGGCCAAGAAAAUCGAAUCUCUAGUGCCGGUAAUUAUAUCGCUGCGGAAGGAAGCUGCGCUACAGAAUCGAUGUGCGAUGAUCCUGCAAACCCGUUACCGAGCAACUUGCCUAAUGAGAUUGGAAAGACGUAACUAUUUGAAGAUGCGAUCAUCAGCAAUUGUCAUUCAACAACGGUUUCGUUCGUUCCUGCUGAUGAAGCAGGACCGAACUGAGUAUCAACGAGUUCGCAGUGUGAUUGUUACCAUCCAAAGAAAGUUCAGAGCCAAUUUACAGAGCAAACAGAUGCGAAGCGGAUUUCAAUCAAAGAAGCAGGCCGCUCUGUGCAUUCAAAAAUAUUUCCGAGCAACGGUUGAAGCAAGACGAGUCCGCACGGAAUAUUUGACAUUUAAGCAAGCUGCACAAACCUUACAGAUCCGCUAUCGAGCUCGCCUGGAAAUGUUGAAAGCAGUAAAUGAAUACCAGACGAUGAAACGAUCAGCGAUUGUCGUUCAGCAACGCUAUCGAGCCCGAUUGAAGAUGUUGGAAGAAUCGAAAAUGUUUCAAAUCAAACGGAAAGCAGUCAUCGUCAUACAGACUCGCUAUCGUUCAAUUGUGGAAAUGCGCCAGCAACGAGAUGAAUAUUUACGAACCAAAUUGGCCGCACAACAGAUCCAACUAAGAUGGAGAGCGACACUUUUGAUGCGGAAACAACGUGCUGAUUAUGUUGAGAUACGCAAGGCGACAGUUUCUAUUCAACGACGAGUAAUUGCUAAUAGAGAAAUGCUGAAACAACGAACGAACUUUGUCGCACUGAAGAAAGCGGCUAUUUCCAUCCAAACGCGAUAUCGAUCAUUGCAAAUGAUGCGAGAAGACCAGUCCAGAUAUCAGCAGUUGCUUUGGGCUUGUCGAUUUGUUCAACAACGUUUCAGAGCUAACAAAAUCGCAAACAUUCAACAGGCUGAAUAUCAACACCUAAAGAAUCACGUAAUCCGCGUCCAAAGUCGCUUCCGUGCCAACCAGCUAAUGAAAUCUGAACGGAAAGCCUAUUUACAACUUAAAGAAACCGUCAUACGCAUCCAGACCAUGUUCCGUGCUAAAUUGGAAAUGCGAUCGGAGCGACAGCACUACUUGCAUUUAAUUAAGAUGACCGUUUUCGUUCAACGUAUGUAUCGAGCAAAAAAAGCGAUGGAAACUGACUUGGCCCAUUUCAAGCAUCUCAAAUGGAGCGCUACUGUCAUCCAGGACCGGUACAGAGCACAAAUGCAAAUGAAACGCCAACGGAUCGAGUAUCUCGAACAGAAGUCCAGUGCAAUAACCAUCCAACGAUGGAUUAGAUCAGUGAAACUGUUGCGACAUGACCGGCAGCAGUAUUUGUCGUAUCGCCAGAGUGUCAUCAACGUCCAGUUGCGAUAUCGAGCGAAAUUGCAAGCACAAGAAGACCGGUCGAACUACAAAUUGUUGCAAUGGGCCACUUUAUACGUUCAACGUCUAUACCGAGCUAAGUGUGUAAUGCGUCAACAGCAGAUUGAAUUUCAACGUACAAGAAAUGCAGCUAUUGUCAUUCAACGUCGAUACAGAGCCAAAAUUGAAAGCAAGAAACAAAUUACGGAAUAUCGAACGAUCGUCAGAUCGGUCAAGUUGAUCCAGACACGGUUCAGAGAAUACAAACUAGCGAAAAUGGAACGUGAAAGAUUUUUCACAAUUCGUUGCGCAACCAUCAAAAUUCAGCAAUACGUUCGAUCAUAUCGACUGACGCAAAUUGUUCGGAAGGACUUUUUGGAGUUGAAAGAAUCGACAAUAUUCGUGCAACGAAUGUACAGAGCUAACAAGUUGAUGAGAACGGAAAACGCCCAUUAUGUGAAACUUCGAAAUGCCGUCACAACAAUACAAACCAUCCACAGAGCGAAUAUUCUGAUGAGACGACAACGCGAAAUCUAUCAAGAAAAACGAUUAGCCGCUCUAACAAUUCAAAACUAUUACCGCGCUACGCAACUAAUGAAAGCGGAACGUUGCAAGUAUUCGAUCUUAAGGAACAGCGUCGUCUAUUGUCAACGACAAUUCAGAGCUAAUCUCAUGAUGUUACAGCAACGUUGCUCUUUCCUCAUCUACAAAGCAAAGGUGUUACUCGUCCAAAGACAGUACCGUGCCACGCUUCAGAUGCGAUCGGAGCGAGCUGCAUUCGAACAGCUAAAGAAAUCCACGGUCUUCAUCCAACGUCGUUUUCGAUCGAACAUUUUAGCGAAAAAUCAACGAUCCGAAUAUUUACGGCUCAUCCAAGCCACAGUGUUCAUUCAGCAAAAAUACCGCGCUAACAAAGCCAUGCAGAUGCAACGUAAAUUGUUUCUGCGACAGAAAACCAGCUGCCUCGUCCUACAACAUCAUUUCAGAGCAAUUUUGGCUGGAAGAAUGCAACGUGCUCAGUAUCUGCGAAUUCGAAGUGCUGCAUUGGUUAUUCAGCAACGAUUUGUUGCGUUCAAAUUGAUGCGUGAACAACGAGCUCACUAUCAGCAUAUGCGAAAUGCGGCAAUCAUCAUUCAGACUAGAUACCGAGGAUAUUUAGUCAUGAAUGAGAAUCGUGUCGCCUACAAACAACUGCGAUCGGCUGUUGUUCGAGUACAGACACAGUACCGAGCUAAUGUGCUGAUGAGAACGCAGCGUACCGAAUUUAACACACUGAAACGCAGUACCAUAGUGAUCCAGCGAUGGUUCCGAGCCACAAUGCGCAUGAAAGUUCUAUCGAAUCAGUACAAACUGAUCAGAUGUUUGGUGGUAUGCAUUCAACAACGUUUCCGAGCCAAAAUGGCUAUGAAAAUGGACCGUAAGCAUUUCACAGAGUUGCGCGCAGCCACAAUUGUGAUACAGCAAAAAUACCGAGCUCGACAGCGGAUGAUUGUGGAUCGAAAUGCUUGGCACAAAACACGAUCGACCGUAGUUGGUCUUCAGGCGAACAUACGCGGAUUUUUGGCACGCCGAGAGUUGCAGAAGAAGUUGACACCCGAAUUCAAGUUGUUUGUGCGACAGUCCAAGUGUGCGGUCAAAAUUCAAGCUUUCUGGCGAGGUUGGAACGUGCGUAAGAGAAAGAUGACUAAUGCGGUGGCUUUGAAGAAGAUCCGUGAAAAAGUUCAAAAAAUCUCGAAAGAUGUCAGAGCGGAUAAGAGAAUCAAGCACGUGGUGUUCAAUAAUAUUGAUGUGCUGAAGAAGAAAGGUGGCAGAGGCAAUACGGUCGAGAUACUAAAUGUACUGUUGCAUCUAGCAAAGAUAUCGCGCAUGGUACCACAUCUCCUCGUUGGUGAUUCGUAUUUCGUUGUGACCUUUUGUUAUGGAAUCAUGUCGCAAGCGAUUCGUUCUGAAUUAGACAAAUUGAUCAUAGAGCAGUGCAGUUUCAUCAUUUUAAAUUUGGCGCGGUACGAGCUCACCAAAGCUAAUGUGUUUCAACUGCGCGGUCUUACUACCAUCGCUCAAAUGUUGCUGCGAUGGUGUGACAAGGACUGUGAUAUUUUCAACACCUUGUGUUCCCUAGUCUACGUAUUUUGUCAAAGCGCGGAAUUGACGAAGGAAAUUCGCAAGUUCAUGACAUCAUACGAUGCUGAACUAUUUACUCUGCAUCAGAUCAAACGACUUGUAAAGCGAAAGGAUAACAUGCGACAAAAUAAGACGCAAUUGUCUUCGACACCGUCUCGACUCAACGCACGACAACGUAGCCAAUUGCCCAUGCUGAAGCCAGACUUUGGUAUGAAUUCGACAAAGCCAUACAUCUUUGAAAGUUCAGCGUUCGCUUUUGAUACAAUUUUAAAGAAGUUGGACAUUACGAACAUUUAAAUUUAAUUUUUUUGAUUUAUAAUUUAGUUUUUCUUUUUUGUUAGUUUUGCUUUUGUUUCAAGACUUUAUGACGAAAAUAAAAAUAAAAUUUUGGUCGACCGAUUUGUAAUUUCCGA